UCAUGUUUCAGUGACUAAAUUCGUUCUUGUAAAUAGGUCAAUCGUCACUGUCAUCACACACUACCAUCUACAACCUCUGAACUGUGAUUCUCUGAACCUCUCCUAUAUAAAGCGAACUGAGAUAGAGAGAAAAGCGGAGAAAAACCACUGCCCAUCUGCCAGUUCUUCUUCUCCUCUCUCUCCUUGCAUCAAUCCAUUGUUAAUUCUCUUCCAAUGGCCAGCUUAGCCCUUCUCUCCCCUUCUUCCGUCAAAUCUUCGUCUUCCGUUCUCGGAAACAAUGCCACUCGCCUUACCCUGCGCAGCCCGUCAUCCGUGAUCCUACGAACUCCUCGCCAUGCUCCCGUGUCCAUCAAAGCCGUAUCAUCCCCAUCCCAAUCUCCCCCUGUAUCCCAAGACGACCUCAAAAAGAUGGCCGCCGAUAAGGCCGUGGAAUACGUUAGCAGCGGCAUGGUCCUCGGACUCGGCACCGGCUCCACUAACUUCUAUGUUCUCGCCAAAAUAGGCGAACUCUACAACUCGGGCAAACUCAAGAACAUAGUGGGCAUACCCACAUCGAAGCGUACCGCCGAACAAGCCGUCUCACUGGGUAUCCCUCUUUCGAUGCUUGACGAUCACCCACACAUUGAUCUCACUAUCGACGGCACCGAUGAGGUCGACCCAAAACUUAAUUUGGUGAAGGGACGUGGUGGUGCUCUCCUGAGAGAGAAGAUGGUGGAAGCUGCUUCGGAUAAGUUCGUUGUGGUGGCCGAUGAAUCUAAAUUGGUCGAUGGUUUAGGAGGUAGUGGCCUCGCUAUGCCGGUCGAGGUCGUGCAGUUCUGCUGGAAGUACAACUUGACGAAGUUACAGGAAUUGUUCAAGGAAGAAGGCUGCGAGGCUAAGCUCAGACUGAAUGCAGAUGGGAAGCCUUACGUUACUGAUAAUUCGAACUAUCUUGUUGAUUUGUACUUCAAGACUCCAAUCAAGGACGCCCCAGCGGCAGCGAAAGAGAUGUCGGGAUUUGAAGGAGUGGUGGAGCAUGGAUUGUUUCUCGACAUGGCCACUGCGGUUAUUAUUUCCGGGACUGAAGGAGUGAGCGUGAAGAGCAAGUGAUUUUUGAAUUAUGGGGUGAGAAAUUAGAAGAACUGUCAUUGUUUCUCAAUUCUCGUAUCUUUUCUUUUUCUUAUUCAUCUGUUUACGUAUCCUUCAAUUCCUCUCUUUUAGG